AUGGCGACUCCUAAGACAGAAUCCAUAGUGAACUUCAAUCAAAUUAUAGGGUCACCUGGAACCUUUGAAACAGCAAUAUUAUUAUCAUCCGUUAGUGAAGAAAUUCACAAAGUACUUUUUAGUCUAUGUGUUCCUAGCACGCCUAACGAUGUUGAGUAUGACACUCUAAUAAAAAGUUUGAACAAAUAUUUCAAACCAAUAAAAUCGUACUUUGCGGCUAGGUAUACAUUUUAUCAAGCUAAACAAAGACAGGAUGAAUCAGUGUGCCAAUGGGGUGCACGUGACAAAAAUCUUGCUUCAAAAUGUGGUUUUUCGUCAGAACUAUCAACGGUUAUUCGAGACAUAUUCGUUGUCGGUAUGGGUUCAGGACCAAUUCAAGAUCGUCUGUUAGAAGAAGAUGCCUCAAAAGUUGGAGUUACAUAUUCAAAUCUAAUUGAAAUUGCGACAGCCAAAGAAGCUGUAAUAAAUGACAAAAGUGGCUGGAAAAAAGAAGAAUACGCAGACUUGAAGUACCAAAAGAAAAAUAAUGGACAUAAUCAAGUCAAACAGGGUUUCAACACACACAAAGAAUCAAAAAUCAAAUGUGAGAUUUGUGGCCGUUCCAAUCAUAUUCAAAAAGACUGCAGAUACAAGGAUUACAAAUGCAACAAUUGCGGUGAAAAGGGUCAUUUGUCUACUGUAUGUAAAAAAGGUAAGAAGGAAAUGAAAAAUAACAAAACACAAAAUAAAUUUUUAUAUGAUAACGAUGAUGAUGACGAAACAGUUAAUUAUGAUCUUUCAAAUACUUUUUUUUCUAUAAUUGAUCAAAACUCUCAAAACAAAGCUGUGAAACCGUUUACAGUAAAUGUAAUUGUAGAAAAAAACAAUGUAAGCUUCGAAAUUGAUACCGGCUCACAACACAGCGUAAUUUCAAAAAGAUUAUAUAGUCAACUGUUUAGUCAUAUCGAAUUAAAAGAUAAUGACAUUUCGCUAUCUGAUUACGUCGGCAACGACAUUAAACCAAUAGGAAAAAUAUUUGUCGACUCGGUAUAUCAAAACAAAAAAUUUACGAUGUGUCUUUAUGUAAUCGACAAUGGUGGUCCUCCAUUAAUAGGCCGAAACGAUAUAAAAAACAUAAAAUGUUUUACCUUGUUCAAUAUGGAAAAUUACGUAAGUGUAGAUAAUAUUAUAAAAAAAUAUAACAACGUUUUUAAAGAUGAAAUAGAUACUUUUAACAAAUACGAAAUUUCAUUAAAUAUCAAAGCUGGGGCGGUACCUAAAUUUUGCAAACCUAGGUCUAUCCCUUUAGCAUUAAAAGAAAAAGUUGAAACCGAAAUUGAUCGUUUAAUUAAAAGCAAUAUUUUAGUUCCUAUCGACUAUAGUGAAUGGGCAACUCCAAUAGUACCAAUAUUGAAACCAGAUGGCACGGUUAGAAUUUGUGGUGAUUUUAAAAUAACAAUAAAUCCGGUAUUAGAAGGGACUGAAUACCCUCUUCCAAAAAUAGAACAUUUAUAUGCAAAUAUUAGUGGUUCAAGAUAUUUUUCGAAAAAAGACUUAAAAGACGCAUAUCAACAAAUGGUUAUUAAAGAAUCUGAUCGCAAAUAUACCACUAUUAAUACACAUAAAGGUUUAUUUAACUAUACCCGUAACCCUUUUGGAAUAAAAUCGUCGGCAGGGGAGUUCCAAAAAGCUAUGGAAACUUCCACAGCGGGUCUUGAGGGCAUUGGUAUAUUCCAAGAUGACAUUAUUGUUGCAGGUUCCACUAUCACAGAACACAACUCUCGUUUAGAAAAAUUACUAAAUGUAUUGUCAAAUGUUGGUUUAAGAGUGAAGUUGAAUAAAUGCAAAUUUAUACAAAAGUCAAUUGAAUAUUUAGGUCACAGGUUAGAUGAAAAUGGUUUACACACACUAACAAAACACACAGAUGUUAUUAAAAACGCCAUGGUCCCAGAAAAUAAAACAUUGCUAAAAUCAUUUUUAGGUUUAGUUACGUACUAUAUAAAAUUUAUUCCAAACGCUGCUAAUAUUUUAAAACCAUUGUACAUGCUUUCACGUAACGGCACUGAAUGGAAUUGGACAUAA